UUGUUGAUCUUCCGUCAUACCUUUGUGAGUCAAGACAGUCAUAUCCUUCUUGAUUCUCCUAAUCUUUCCUGCUCUUGUGUCAGACUCACGUGAGGUAGACAGGCGUUGGGUGUUUUCUCCCUCUUUCCACCCAGACUAAACAACCAUGAAUCGCCUCUUUGGUCGCGGAAAGGGAAAGGAACCUCCUCCAAAUCUCACUGACUGCAUCGGCAAUGUUGAUAGCAGAGCAGACUCCAUUGAAAAGAAGAUUGCGAGGCUAGACGCAGAACUUAUCAAAUAUAAGGAUCAGAUGAAGAAGAUGCGUGAAGGACCUGCCAAGAAUGCAGUCAAGCAAAAAGCCUUGCGUGUCCUUAAACAGAAGAAGAUGUAUGAACAGCAGUCCACGAACCUGAGGAACCAGUCUUUCAACAUGGAGCAGGCCAAUUAUGCUACACAGACCCUUAAAGAUACGAAAACCACUGUCCAAGCCAUGAAGCUCGGCGUGAAGCAGAUGAAAAAGGAAUAUAAGAACAUUAACAUUGAUGAGAUUGAAGACCUCCAGGAUGACAUGGCAGACAUGUUGGAACAAGCUGACGAAGUACAGGAGGCCCUGGGAAGAAGCUACGGCUGCCCAGAAAUUGAUGAGGAUGAAUUAGCAGCAGAGUUGGAUGCUUUGGGUGACGAAGUACUGCUAGAUGACGACACCUCUUACCUGGAUGACGCUGUUAACAUCCCCAGUGCCCCAGACAAGGAGCCCGGAGCAGAGACGGUGAAAGACGGCAUGCCAGUGGACGAGUUCGGUCUACCACAGAUGACGUCGUAGAAACUGGCCAGAAUGGGAACUCUGCUGGAACUCCCUUUUGCAGUUCUUCUCUGUUAUCAUUCAUGUCCAUUCUUACUUGCAUCUUAAUUUCCGCCAUCAGUACAUAAUGUGGUUCACAAGGGAUGAAAUUACGUUCAUAGAUAUCACCAACAUAACAAUAGAAAUGAACAAUUAAGCUAAAUAUAGAGAGUGAUUAUUAUUAGAGUUAAAAUCUUUUAAAAAUUAUUAUCAGCAUUUAGAUAUAUAAUUAUGGAGUAGUCCCAGUGAACAACUUUUUGCUUACCAGUGAGACGUCUCAGUAUGUAAGAUCCGCUACUUAAUCAUUAUAUCUUCAUAAAUGUCUUAUGUGGUGGGUACUCAGUUUUCUUUUACAAAUAUGCAGGAAAUGCCUUAUAUUCUCCCUGUGUAACUUUUUGUUUCUUCUGUCCUUUUAUGCUUUCUUUUUAUCAACUCUUUUCUAAUAGAAUAGAUUCGUUGUGACACUCUCGCCUGUGAACUUAGUUAUUAGUUUUCGUAAUUUUUCAAACAUGAUUAUCUCCUCCUAGGAUAUUACAAAGACCUACUAUGUAAGUUAGACUUUUUAGAUAUAGUUUUUGUGUGAAUCACAGAACUAUAGGUAUUUUUUUUUUUUUUUUUUAAUAUGAUUGCUUGUUUAUGGCAUAGAAAUUUAUUGUAGCAGAUUUCAUAUAUCACAAAUAUUUGAUUGAAUAUAAAGUCCAAUUCUCUAAAUCGUAUUGUCAAUAUGUACAGUUAUUUUCAGCAUACAAUAAACAGUUGUGUGUUCCA